AUGAAAAACAUAUUUCACAACUACUGCAUAUCACCGCGUUUUUCACCGAGUUUUACGCCGCCACUUCACGUAAAACGGGAGAGCUCUGAUGCUGUUAUAUCACCAGUCGGAGCCGCUCAGGACGCUUGCAGUGGUAGUAUGGCUGCUAAGAAAAGCCUCACGGGCUUGGGGAAUGGGAAGGAACAGAGUAGCGCAUCAAGAGUUGCCCAAGCGCGAGCUGAGGCGGCCAGAAGUAGCAGGUCUAAAGUACGCCAACAACGAGGUGCUAGUACUGGACCGCAACAGCUGUCCUCUACUACUGCUGCUGGUGGUGGUCUACAAGGGGAUCCGGCAGAAUCAUCCGUGGUGAAACCAGCGGUAGAAUCACGCCGAUGGUCGGACAUGACGAGUGAUGAAGAUUCCGAACCGAUAGCGCCGAAACUGCGCAAGUUCGAUCCUCCCAAGCGGUCGUUUUCGAGUGUCGUUACUGGCGGGCUUAUGAAGAAAACAUCUUGUGAAGUGAAUAAGGUUAAUCGUCCUGGAAGUCCUCCAGCGCAACAAGGCUCGGCUGUUGCUACUGUUGUUGGAGCUAAGGGCAAAACUACAAGGAUUACAUGCAAGUCGGCUCGUGGGGUAAAAUCGGCGGUGACUGGUGACACUACGAGCACGCCGGUGACACCAGAGGCUACUGCUGUGACAGAGCAAACGAAAACUCAGGCACCUGCUGAAACGAAUGUGAAAAAUAAAGGUAUUACGAAAAAAGGCGGCGAAAAUAACCCUUCUACACCCACUGUUAUACAGCAACAACAACAAGAAGAAAUCGAAACGACCGUUGGAACGACCGGCAGUCCUAAGGGAAGUGCGGUUCCACUGAAUUCAGCUAGGGGGAGUGCCAGAGUGUCCAGUGGGAAUAAGAAGAGUACGAUGAGCAAGGCAGCUACUACUGCUGGAUGCAGACGACAGUCGAAGUCUGGCUCUAGAGCUGAGGAGAAGCGAACUGAGAUGGCGACGGUUCCUGAGGAGAAUGAGCUUAGUGGUUACGGCGCGGAAAGCAUGGAAACAGCACACUGGGGAACGAUGCCACCAGCUGGGCAGUGUCACCCUUUACCCGGUUUCUACCCUCCGAAUGGCAUGCCUCCUAUGAUGAUGUUCCCGGGGCCUGGUUACCCCAGCGUUCCUAUGUUAACGCCGAUGUUGCCGCAAGGCUAUGGACCGCUUAUGGGUAAUCUGCCACCCUAUGAUCAUCCUCAUUUCGGACCGGAAGGUGAAAUGAACUCAUCACGUGGAACUCCACAGAAGAAACGGUCGAAAGAGGCUAAUAGGAAACAACAACAGCAGUGGAAUGGCGUCUCUCCGAUGCAGGGAGGACUGCCACAGGCUCAUAUGUACGGUCAUAUCAGGCGGCAUCCAACGGCUACGAUAGUGUAUACGACAUCGCCGAUUCCUCAGGACACAACGAGCAUUAUACUGGUACCAAUGGCAAACGGCAAUCAGAGUGGUGGUCAUCAUCCUGCAGUGCCAAUCAUAGGGAGCUAUCCGAUACCACAAUUUGAUAAUAAUAACGGCCCUCCUCCAAGCCCUCCUGUAACACAUCCUCCUAGUGGUCCUCAGAGUCUUAGAUCCGUCCGCACCCAUUCGGUGGCUUCCGAGGCGAGCUUUGAUGGGACGCGGCCGGUUACUGUAUGCAUCGAUAGGAAUGUGUUCAAAUCCUGGUUCGACACUGAUGUCCCAGAGUUCCAGCAGCUGAGAGUGAAGCGAUAUAGAACUAUAGAUUCGUUCGUCCAUUGGAUGAUGAAGUACUGCAAAAGAAAGUAA